UGUUGUUGUGGUGGUCGCCGCGAAACAGUGUGCCCAACGAGUGUUCAAUUUUCAACCGCGGACAGCGAGAAAAAUCCACAACACCAACUGAAUUCGAAAAAAAAUCAAUCAAACUGCCGAGUGACUAAAAAAACAUUCAAACAACUCUUAUCAGUCGGUGUUCUAAAAACGACAAUGGUCCCGCCGAAAGUGAGCGUUCCCUUAUUAUCAUCUAUGGUUGUGUAUAAUAACUGAUAAAUGAUAACGCGCGUGCCGAGGACCGAUAGCGGAUAGAGUAACUCGUACGUUGUAGUCGUAACAGUGUCUGUGACAUCUGACAUUUAGUGUGAAGAACUCCUCCUAAUCCUUAAGCCUUGACGAUAUUAUACCUGAUAUAUUACGAUACGUAGGUAAUAACAAUAUUAAUUAUUGUCUUCAAAUGCAAGAAUGCCGACAAUGAUUGGACUGUAAUGACUGGUCGUUGACGGUGUCCUGCUGUGUUUCCUUCCUUCGGCUCAGUGAGAUCGUUGCCUGAACGAAAAAUACAUUCAUACUGUUCCAUGUGUGGGGGGACACUAUUGCACCAUGGUGUCCAUCGCGGCCAUCCAAACUUUGAAGAAAGCCGAUCAACUGAAAGAACAAAUAUGUACAUCCAAAGAUAUAAACAGCCCCGAGACAUUGGCGUAUCAACAGCAGUUGAGGAUCAUCUACCAGCAAGUGUUGACUUUGGACUUGGAAUAUGCGCUGGACCAAAAAGUUGAACAAGACUUAUGGAAUCAUGGAUUUAAAAAUAACAUCAACAAGUUGCAACAACUUGCCAAAGACAAAAAGAAUGCCAAACGCAAUGAAUGGAACGCACUAUUCUUAUCGUGCCUUGAGUCUGCAUAUGGCUUUUAUCUUAUGCUUUUGCACAGCAUAUGCUUGACAUUUGAUUUGGAUCUACCAUUUCAUAAAAAAUUGUAUGGAUUUUGUGACACGGAUGAUAAGUCUUUAGGAUCAACAUAUUUACGAAAACCACAAAAAAGCUCAUGCAAUUACAUUUGUCAAUAUUGUUUGGUACACCUGGGUGACAUUGCUCGUUAUCGUAAUCAAAAUAGACAAGCUGAAUCAUUUUACAGACAUGCCAUUCAAUUAAGCCCUAACAGUGGACAACCUUACAACCAAUUGGCUCUAUUGGAAGCAUCACGAGGAGAUAGUUUGAGCACAGUAUUUUAUUACAUGAGAAGCAUUAAUGUUAGACACCCGUUUCUAGCAGCUGUCAAUAAUCUAAAUUUCACAUUAAACAAAUAUAUUAGCUCUAGUCAAGACAUGCUGUAUAAAACAAAAAUCACUAGUACUGAAUUUAUCCAACUAUUUCUCGCAUUCCAUGGAGUGUUGAUGUCAAAAGAUAUAAUGAAACGUCAAGCUUGUGAUGGAUACAUCAAAAGUCUUUCCUUGUCAUUUACACCACAUAUUGCUACUGAAUCAUUUUCGUCAUUUAAAUUACAGCAGAUGGUGGCUAUUAAUAUGUUGGCAUUUAACUAUAUUGGAAAUGAAUCUACGUCAAUUAAGAUGCAGUGUUUUCCUGUUGUUGAUUUACUGGCCACUUUUCUCAAUGCUUUUUUACUUCCACUGUACACAAUGAAAGAAAGUCAAAAUAUCUCAGAAUACUAUACAUUGCCUGCAGUCAAACUAAUUCUGGAUUGGAUAAGAAGUGAUAUAAGUGUUCUAAAUUCUCCUGGUUUCAAAAGUCGCUUACAAAUCUGGCCUGGCCUUUGCAAACUAUUGAACGGGCUAUCAAAUGAUCUAAACAAUGACGAUUAUUCUCAUAUUCCUUUACCAGAAGAUAGAUUACUCCAAGGCUUUGUUAUGUUAGAAUCAGUACAUUCUAAGCUCAUAUUAAAUGGUGAUGAUGCUACAAAAAUAAAUGUAAAUGCUCUAAGAGCUAAUCGUUUAAUUGAUUUUGGUGUAUGGUUUUCGUCUACUUCAUAUUCAUUAAUUAAAGCAAUAAAAAAAGAUAAAGGAUGGAGCUUUGAAAUAAUACCGAAUAGUUCGACCAGCUCUCAUUCAAUUGAUCUCGCUGCUGAUCUUGAAACAUUAUCAUCAUAUCAACAGCGGCAGUUACUUAGUUCAAGUGAAAGAAAAAGUGGUAUUUUGAAGCCUCAAUCAUCUAGUAACUCAGAUAUAAAACCAGUAUUGCGUAAUGUUGACUUUGAUUCAAUGUUCAAAAAGAAUCAAGAUACUGAAGCCAAACAAGUAAAAUUCCGGUCACCAUCUCCGAGUUCAUCGUCUAGCAGUGAGGCCAAAUGGUCAUUGGAAGACCUUGAUCAGACUUCUUCAGAAUUUGAAAAAGAUCAAAAUGCUGUAAAACCUACUCCUAUUGGCUAUCAAUUGCCGCAUCCUGUCAACAAUUUAAACUCAUCUCAAACCAAUAUUAAUCCAGUUAUGAAUACUUUUGGUCAUAUGCAGCUGAGUGGAUUUCCAUCAUCUUCUGAAAGUCAAUUUAGGUUUGGUCAGCCAUUACAAAACUUCUCUGCUUGGCCUCAACCACCAGCCAGUUGGAUUGAUAGCAUUAAACAACCUCAAAACAACCAACAGAAUCAUCCAAUGUUUCCAUUUAUGCAAAACCAAACUCCAAUUGGGCAGUACCCAAAUGGCACUUGGUCAAAUGUUAAUCCUCCCCAAGUAACACAUAAUUCACCAUUGCAAAAUAAUUUAAAUCAUUUUAAUAUAAGAGAUGAUCAACAACGUAAUUAUUACAAUGGUGUAAACAACAGUCCAUAUUAUUCACUAUUUAAUCAACCUAAUGUUAUGAUGCCUCGUAAUAUGGAUACAAGUCAAGAGCCCAAUAACAGAUCAUUUGCUACAUUCCACCAGCAGUCAUUGUGGUCAGGACCAGGUCCAUCGCCACUUGAACGUUUAUUGGAACAACAACGUGGUCGUGAUGCCUCAGAAGGAGGGACAUAAUAUAAUGAAAUGGAAUUGAAUUCAACCUAACCUGGAAUUUUUAUAAAUUGGCUAUCAAUGAUAAUUGAACUAUAAGCCUAUUAAACUUUGGCUGAAAAAUUGAUAUUUGGAACUACUAAAAUAAUAUCUUAGCAUGCUUAAGCUACUGAUUUAGCUUCAUGAAAACAUUGGGUUUGCAAUUUACAUGAUUUUUAUCUUACAGUAGGUGUAAGGAUUAAAGUUACUGUCUUUUCUGUAGUGAACCAACUUCCAACUUUUUUAUCUGAUUCAUAAAUUAUGAAAAGUUUGCUGCAAAUAAAUUGACGUCUAAUAAAUUUUAUAUUUCAUUCAAAUAACUUAUUCUUUUGGUACAACAUUUUUUCUUACUUUAAUUUAUUGAUGUUUAUUAUUUAUAUUUGUACAAAUGUUCUCAUUUUAAUCCUCCAUCAUUUUUUUAAAAUAUUGUUUAUUGAGAAUUUAAAAAAAAAUAGAUAAAUAUAUUAUAUCAACACUGUUUGUCCCUUGCUACAAUGUAUUUAUUUAUUUUCAAUUCGUUAGAUAUUAAGAUUAUUAUUUCAGAGGUUAAUUAUGUAUGAAAUAUAAUAUGAAAAUUAAUUCAAAUUUUGAAACAAUACCUUUUUUCUUGUUAGAAAAUGUAAUCAUAAUUUUUGUUCAACAUUCUAGACUGAUAUGUAUGCAUAGUUUUAUAAUGAAGGAAUACAAAUGUGAUGUUUAAUAAUUCAUAUCAGACUGAAUUAAAAUUAUAUUUAUGGCUAUAUUGUUAUUCAGUUAUUUUUAGGGACAAACUAUUUUUAUUCUGAUUUUCUGUGAAUGAUAAUUGUUUUAUACUCGCUUGAAAUAGUCAUAGUUUUUUUUAAUUCCUUAUUAGAUUUACAUUUCCCAGACAAAUUAAUACCUUUAAAUUGUUAAAUUAUUUUUACGAGGAAAACUAAUAAAUUAUUUUUUUUUAUAUAUAUAUUAUAAUAUAAGUGACAUGUAAAAUUUGAUUUUUACUACUAGUUAAGUCCUAGAAAACAUUUUUUUUAAAGUUCCUGUUCAGAACCCAUAGCCCUCACCUUGGCUAUUAUUAAGUUAAUUUUUAUUAUGUUUCUAUUCUUAUUAUAUUUUUGUUCAGAAUAUUGUUUUUGUGUUAUGUAGACAUUUAGUUCAUUUAUUUUUGUAAUGGUGUAAUUAGAAUUAUUUUAUGAUGCAUAUAAACAUUCUAAAAUCACUAACAUUAGAAAUACAUUUUCUAGGAAUCAGAUAAACAAAAAUAAGAAGAUAACAUGUUUUCAUGACAAAUUCUUAUUAUACUUCAAUAAAAAUAAUUGUUCACAAU